GUGAAACUCUGACGGUCAUUAAUAAUAGUGUAACAGUGUGGCUGACAUGCGUCUGAUCUCCAACACACAGAGCCAAAGACCAUGCUCAACUAGAAUCACCUGCUACUGGCCCACUAAGCCUGACGACUCCACACGACUCAGGAGCAGCUAGGCUCAUCAGAGUGCGGCUAUGGGGAAUGUGAUAUGGGGCCAGGAAGCUGAGAACAAAACAAAUACAAGCUACCAUGACAGUGCAUUAAAGGCAGGAGAAGAAGUCACGCUUGUCGUUCUCCAUGACUAUCCUUCUCCAGACAUCAGUGAGCCGAUCUUCAGAAUGGGGGAGAAGCUGAGGGUCUUGUCUCAGGAAGGCAACUGGUGGAGAGUCCGGUCUGUCCAAUCAGGAAGUGAGAACUACAUCCCUAAUAACUACAUCACCAAAGUCUACCAUGGAUGGCUGUUUGAGGGAGUGGUGAGGCAGAAGGCAGAGGAACUACUUAGUCUCCCUGAAAACAGAGUGGGUUCCUUCAUGGUCAGAGAGAGCACCAAGCAGAGAGGUGUCUACUCCAUGUCUGUAAAGCACAGAUCCAUCAAGCACUAUAAAAUCUAUCGCCUGGAGAACAGCUGGUACUAUAUCUCUCCUCGUCUGACUUUCCAGUGCCUGGAAGAGAUGGUCAACCACUACUCUGACUCUGCAGAUGGACUGUGUUGUGUUCUCACUGGCCCGUGUCUGUCUGGGACUUUCAGCCCCCUCGACAUCACCUCUCAGCCACCCCCUGUAGUGAUGCGACACAACAACUUUGACUGGAAGAAAGUAGACAGGAAAGAUCUGAUCAGCGCAGGGGCUGCCCAGGGACAGCAGAACAGGGAUGCCAUGGUGAGUUACGGUGUCAGAAACAGCAUGGCCUCUUACCUCUCUCUGGCCGGGGAUCAGGACCCAGGACAGCAGAAGAAGAACCGUAAGCAGAAGAGCAAAUCUGUCUGCGUGAUACCCGACCACAGCCUCAGCCAUUUGCACCUGGAUGAGGACUAUGAGACGUAGUGGCCUGGGUGGUGCAACACUUAGUUCUGCGGACCCCAGCACACAUAUAUAGCCUAGGCUAGUGGUUCCCUUCAGUCAGUCAACUUCGGUACAACAUACUAUGGGGAGUCACACUCUCGCUACUUCGGUUGAAGGAUAUACAAUCACGCCUGAGAAGGCCAAUGAAAUCCGCACCUCGCUGGAAGUCCUGCCUUCCACAGGUGAUAAACGUGGGGCUCGGAUUCAUUCUUUCAAUUAUUCCAUUCUUCACCUUGGUGUGAACAGGAACGAUUCACGCUACUAAAAGAAACAAUUGGAAAACGAGACUAUCAACCUGUGCGCUCUGUCACCGGUUACGGGAGGGUACUCGAAGAAAGAGGGUGGCCAGGUUUGGUGGGUACCCCCCGCCACCUGUGUCUGCCUCGGUCAAGCACCGCUUACCUCUCUUCCCAGACUUGUUGAGGAAGGGUUCGGUCCCACAUUUACAUUUUAGUCAUUUAGCAGACGCUCUUAUCCAGAGUUAGCUAGUGCAUACAUUUUUUCAUACUGGCC